GACCAAUAAGUACAAUUGAAUCACUGCGUCAUCUUUAUGGCGCACUUAUGCUACCCGUUUAGUUAAAAACGCUUUUAUUAUUAUUUCAUAAUGUAAAUAGUUGAAGAAUAAGUAUCGCGGAUGUUUUAAGUCAAUCAUUGGUACCCAAGUCAGCUAGCGGUCUGCUAACAUUUCUAAAGCGCAGCCUUUGUUACUCAGUUGUAAAUCAAAACAAUGACUUCAGCCUCUACCAAGGUUGGUGAGAUCUUUUCUGCAGCUGGAGCUGCAUUCACAAAAUUGGGAGAGCUGACCAUGCAGCUGCAUCCAGUGGCAGAUAUUAGUCCAGCAGGGGCACAAAUGAAAACAACAGUCAAGAGGAAGACUUAUGAAGAUGGUGGAGCUCCUUUAUCCACUGAUUCACCAAAGAAGAGUACCAAAAAGGUGCUGGUUUCUAUGGCUCCCCCAGCCCCACCUAAAGUCAUCGCUGUGCCAACGUCUCAGGUUGUGGUGACUGCGGGUUUACAGCGGCCAACCACAGGUCCAUCUAGCAUUAAGUCAUCAAAGACGGCAGAUGUCACUCUCAGUGCACUGAAUGACUCUGAUGCCAACAGCGAUCUGGUAGAUAUUGAGGGCUUGGGUGAUAGUUCCACAUCUAAAAAGCUCAAUUUUGAUCAAGAUAGUCUAAAUCUCGACUCCAGUCUCAUCAUGAAUUCCAGUGACUUGCCAUUGUUAUCCCGUUUUUUAUGUCUGUUUGUAGGCCAUAAAACAUCAUUAUUCAUUGUGUAG